AUGGAUAUGGAAAAUUCUCCUAAAGAUAUUUCGGUGAUCGCUUCGAAGAACAAAGAUGAAGCAUUGGAAGAGAUGAAAUCUGCUGAGAUCAUAGCCAAGGAAGUUUCUCCUCCUAAACACAAUGUUGUAAUUGCUUCUGAGAACAAUGAGGAAGAGGUUAAAAAUUCGAAAUCUUCUGUUGAGAUGAUAGGUGAUCAGUUUUCUCAUAAACCCAUUGUUGAAAUGGAGGAAAUGAUCGAGGAGAUGGAGUCUAUAGACAUCCACGAAGAUGACUCUGAGGCACAACAAUAUGAGGAGGAGGAGGAGGAGGAUAGUGAGAGCUCCGGUGAGUCAGAAGACAAUGAUGAUGAAACAGAGAUAGCUAAAGAAGAAGAAACAAUGGAUGAUGAUGAUGAUAAGGAGAAGAAGCCGAAACCUGACUCGCUGGAUUCAAACUCAUCGAGUUCUGCAUGGACAGAGAAAGCAGCUGCGAUCAAGAACUUCGUUAGAGUGAAGAGUGAAGUCGCGGUGCAUACAUUUAUGCGCCGUGUCUCCGGGAAAAUGAACGAUGAAAAUGUAACUCAAAACGAUGUGAAAGAGAUAAGAGAUGAUGAGUCUAAGGAAAACAAAACAGUGGAACCUCUUAAACCAGAGGGAUCAAAGUCAUCAUCAUCAUCCUUAUGGAACCCUUUAAGCUAUCUGAAGAUGAUGCAGAACGAUGACGACGAUAAAGUAACGGUGACGAAGAUCGAGGAAGCAUUGGAGCCUGUAGUGAUGAAAGGUAGGAUUAUACUUUACACAAGACUAGGAUGUGAAGAGUGUAGAGAAUGUAGGGUUUUUUUACAUGAGAAGAGGCUAAGAUAUGUUGAGAUAAACAUUGAUGUGUAUCCAUCAAGAAAGCUGGAGUUGGAAAGAAUCAGCGGAUCUUCUUCUUCAGAUGUUCCUAAGGUUUUCUUCAAUGAAGAGUUAGUUGGGAGUUUGAAGGAGCUUAAGGAGUUGGAUGAAUCAGGAGAGCUUGAUGAGAAGAUUCAACAUUUGGUAGAGGAAGCACCGCCUAGGGAAGCUCCUCUGCCACCGUUUUCAGGGGAAGAUGAUGCUUCAAGCAAAGGUCCUGUAGAUGAACUAGCUUUGAUAGUGCUGAAGAUGAAGCCAUGCAUCGUUAAAGAUCGGUUUUAUAAGCUGAGAAGGUUUAAAAACUGUUUCUUAGGUUCAGAAGCUGUUGACUUCUUAUCCACGGAUCAAUGUCUAGCAAGAGAAGAGGCGGUUGAAGUUGCUCGGAAGCUUGCAAGCCAACACUUCUUUCAACAUGUCCUAGAUGAGAAUCUGUUUGAAGAUGGGAAUCACUUGUACCGGUUUCUUGAUGAUGAUCCUAUUGUGUCUACACAAUGCCACAACAUCCCUAGAGGAAUAAUUGAGUUGAAGCCAAGGCCAACCGUCGAAAUUGCAUCUAGACUUAGACUUCUGUGUCUAGCUAUCCUUGAAGCUUACACUUCUCAAGAUGGAAGACAUGUGGACUAUAGAAGCAUCCAUGGAAGUGAAGAAUUUGCAAGGUACUUGCGAAUAAUCCAGGAGCUGCAUAGAGUAGAGGUUGAAGAUAUGAAGAGAGAGGAAAAGCUCGCCUUCUUCGUGAACCUUUAUAACAUGAUGGCUAUACAUGCAAUACUAGUAUGGGGACAUCCAAUAGGACCACUUGAAAGAACAAAGAUGUUUGGGGAGUUCAAAUAUGUUAUUGGUGGCUACACUUAUUCGCUCUCGGCUAUCCAAAAUGGUAUUAUAAGGGGUAACCAGCGACCACCUUACAAUCUUAUGAAACCUUUUGGUGCAAAGGAUAAACGUUCCAAGGUUGCUCUGCCUUAUGUAGAGCCUUUGACUCAUUUUGCUCUGGUUUGUGGUACUCGGUCUGGACCACCUCUUCGAUGUUUUUCGCCCGGAGAUAUCGAUAAAGAACUUAUGGAGGCAGCUCGUGAUUUUGUAAGAGGAGGUGGACUUGUAGUUGAUCUCAAUUCCAAGGUUGCAUACAUUAGCAAGAUCUUUAAUUGGUAUGGGGUGGAUUUUGGAAAAGGCCAAGAAGAGGUACUGAAGCAUGCAUCAACGUACUUAGAGCCAGAACUUUCAGAAGCUUUGCUGGAUUUGCUAGUUGAUACUCAGUUUAGAGUUGUUUACCAACAAUAUGACUGGGGAAUUAACAACUAA